UUAGCGGAGUUUCACGAGCAAUAAUGGAAUCACCAGAUAGCAAUUGGCCCAGGACGAACAACGCCAUUUUCAAGUUUGGGGUAACAACAGUAAUAAUAAUUGUGAUCAUCGGAGUCUACUACUUUGUCAAGUACUUAUUCGGCUACAUGGGUUCGAAAGGUUACGCAGUCUCGAUGUCAUUUUUAAACGACGAGCAAUCUCUUCAAGUCGGGGAGACUAUUUCCAUAAAACUUAUGUUUAAAAAAAUCAAAGAAAAUCAGCAACCCGUGCCUUGUACGGAGGCAGAACUUGCCCUCAUAAACGACAACUUGGUCACAACGUUUCAAUACUCCAGUCCCCAAUUUGAAGAAACCAAAAUGAAAAAGGUCGCCGUUUUGACAACGUUUACUCAACCAAAGAACGCCUUAAUGUUGAGAUUUUCUCUAAGAUAUUCUGGACGGUACGAGAUGUCCUGUUUAUACUGGCGUUUCAACUUUGUGGGGUCCCCACUCCAAUUCGAAGUCCACCCGGCAUCAAUUUCUCUGAGAAAUAUUACGUUUCAAAUUCAAAAUCCGGAAACCAUUCCCGUAACGGUGGACCAAUGGUUUCUCGUCACCAUUCUGCCGCACGAUCGGUACGGUAACGUUUGUCAGAUUGAGGACGACCUGGUGGAAAAGUUUGGCAUUUUUGUAAAAGAGCAAGAGAAUAACGCAUUAACUGACGGUCCCGACCUCGAAUGGGUAUUUGAACGUCACGGAAGUGACUUCAUUCUAAAAAUGAAGACCAAAAAGUGCAACAUUUACAAGUGUUCUUUGACCUUUAUGAACACCCCGAUUUCGCACCACCCCCACUACUUGUCCUUCAUGGUGAUAUCGAUGAACAGUCGCGAGGAAGAGAUUUUCCGGACCGGAUUCAACAAUUAUUUUAGUUCGGUCCCAGGAUCGACGAAAGCCACGUUGCUCUUCGUGGGGAUGGAGAGGAGUCAGGACGCCAAGGAAGUUUAUAUCAGCGUGUCGCACAAAUAUGUCGCCAUUUCCAGCUCCCUUUUAGGAAUCGUCUACUACCCAUUCAUGUCCUUUUAUAUUAACAGAACAACAAAGGUCAGCCUGGUCGGACCACACGAGUUGGACGACAUUGACGACAGCGACGCCAAUGUUUCUCUAAAAAUAUCCGACGGAAUACAAGAUUCUGUCACGGUAGGAGUCAGUUUUUCACAGGCACGACUCUUUCUCGCGUCCUUCGGACAUUUCAAGGGGCAUAAAUUAAAAAAUUCAACUUUCCUUAACAAGAAAACUAUUCUAAAAUCUGAACUGGGAGGAUACCUGCCAAAAUGUCUUUGCCAACCACACUUCCUGGCCUUGGAUAAAGAUGACAUUGUGGGCUCGUCUAUUAAAAAAUCUCCUCCAGUGCCAUCCACGUGGUGGAAACCGUUUAAUAUUGGGAUAAUAGUGGACACAUCUGUUACCACCACUGCCGCCCCCACUACGACGGGGAUGCGAUCAAUGCUUGCCUCCUCGCCAAUCUGGUUAUUUAAUUCGUCCCCAAAAACGAAACCGCUUUCGACCGUCAAAUGGCUCACUGACCUGAUGGAAUCCUUCUUCCGGGUUAAAUGUGAAGACUGCGAUAAGCUAUUUAUGAGGCACCCAGGGUCACUGCGACUCCACCCAAACUUGGCGACUUACAGGAGCAAGCUCUUGACCUUGGAGACGAUGGAGUUUGCUGGAUCCAUUCUGGGGAAAUGCAUAAGUGACUCGAUCAAUUAUGGAAUUUGUCUCAAUUUGACGCAUGUACGGUUUACAAAGUCAUUUUUAGCUGCGUUGAUUGGGCUUCCGGUUACGUAUCAGCAAUUUGAAUCGGACCAUCCUGAAUUCUACGAGAAACAUAUUAAACCUGUUUUGAAUAAUAUGAACCAAGAUCUUGGGUUGAAUUUUGAAACUCCAAAAUGCUCGGAAUACAAGAAAAAUUCAAUUUCGGAGAAAAUUGCAUUGAUUACGAACGGAAACAACAUUCCAGUCGUUCAACAGAACAAGAUCCAGUAUUUAAACCUACUCGCGUUGCACAUCCUUAAAAACAGACAUCUCCAAGAAAUAGAAGCCUUUCGGAAUGGACUCUACAAAGUCAUCCCGCAAGGUUUGGUUGCUGAUUUUGACAUCGAUGAACUCGAGAUGUUGAUAUGCGGGGGUGGAUCCGUAUUCAACGUACAAGAUCUUAAAAAUAAUCACCGCGUCGUCGGAGAUUUACUGGACCACGCCGGUCUAUCCGACACAGAUCUUCCCCGGUACAAUUUUUCAGAAACUGAGCAACGCAAAAUUCUCCGCUGGUUUUGGAUAACCGUGUCCAACCUGAGUUACGACGAGCAAACGCGACUUUUAAGUCUCGUCACGGGAAGUAAAGCUCUGCCCACGUGCGGUUUUCGACAUCUGAGCCCACUCUUCACGAUUUCCUUGACGGGAGGGUACGACCAGGCGCCCAAGUUCCAUCCGACCCUGCACCUCGUGACCAUCGGGAAUCAUUCCUCGUACUCCAAAUUUGAGAAGAAUAUCAUCGAAUCGCUGUACGAUGAGGAUGAAAUGGGAAUAAAUCAAGCCGACGAAAGAAACAGGACGCGAAGAACAAGUUCAGAUUCGAGUAUGGAGACAGAAGCGCAAAAUGAGGCUGACGGCAUGCCAUUGUCCCAGAGAAUCGUUAGGUCCUGUGCCAUUGUUUGAAAUGACAUUGUGAAAUUAGUAUUGAAAGUGUAAUAAUAAUCAUAAUAUUAACUAUGUCAUGUCAUGUGACCGACCAUUUAUGUCAGAGAAAGCCAUUAAAUACAUACAACAAUGAGUAAAUGACCUCUACUCGUCAAAAAUGUGACACGGGUUUAAAAAAUCUUAAAAAUAUGUCAGUUUCGACAUGGUGGUUUUCUACUUUUGUGUUAUUUUUCUUCCA